CUCGCAAUCAAGGCGCCAUGUUUCUCGUGGACUGGUUCUAUGGCGUGCUGGCGUCGCUCGGAUUAUGGCAGAAGGAGGCCAAGAUCUUGUUCCUAGGGCUCGAUAACGCGGGAAAGACUACUCUGCUUCACAUGCUCAAGGAUGAGAGAUUGGUCCAGCACCAGCCGACGCAGUACCCGACGUCGGAGGAGCUGAGCAUAGGGAAGAUCAAGUUCAAAGCUUUCGAUCUUGGAGGGCAUCAGAUCGCCCGCCGUGUUUGGAAAGAUUACUAUGCAAAGGUUGACGCCGUAGUGUACUUAGUGGACGCCUUUGACAAAGACAGAUUCGCAGAGUCAAAGAAGGAGCUCGAUGCCCUACUCUCUGACGAAUCCCUAGCCAGCGUCCCAUUCCUCAUCCUAGGAAACAAGAUCGACAUUCCAUAUGCAGCAUCAGAGGAAGAGCUCCGAUAUCACCUGGGACUGAGCAAUUUUACUACAGGAAAGGGCAAAGUGAACCUCACGGACUCCAAUGUCCGUCCACUGGAGGUCUUUAUGUGCAGCAUCGUUCGCAAGAUGGGCUACGGUGACGGCUUCAAGUGGCUUUCUCAGUACAUCAAGUGAGAGCUUCUUUUCGUUGUUAUUUGAGUUGGCUGUUCAUGAAGACAUCAGUAUUAUUAGGGUACGGUGGACUGUGUAAUUUGCUAGCACUUGUAAUGUUAAACAUCUGGUUCGAAAUUUC